UAAAGGGGGAAGGAAAAAUCCAAAGGGAAAAGAGCAAGGAGCUUUUUCCGAUGACGUCAGCACCAGCCCGGUUCAGUAUCGCCGAUCUCGCCUCAAUCCUCCCGUCGAUGAAUUUCGUCGAUAUCGCCAGUUCUCGGUCUUGUAUUUGUUUGAAGGGAAGGAGAUAUCAUACGCCACUUAAGCCACUUAAGGCAAUCCAGAAACCCCAACUAGCUCGAAGUGUUUUCAACUCGUUUGGAGCACAAGAGGCAAAAUUGGGCAAGGGUGAAAUGCUGAAAGAUAAAAUGCUUACUGACUGUGGAAGCGACCAGGAAUGUGUAACUGGAGGAAUAGUUGCACUCGGAAAGUUUGAUGCUCUUCAUAUUGGUCAUCGGGAGCUUGCAAUAGAAGCAUCAAAGAUUGGAUCUCCAUUUCUUCUUUCUUUUGUAGGAAUGGAAGAAAUAUUGGGUUGGCCAUACAGGCCUCCAGUGGUCGCAAAAUGUGAUCGAAAGCGCGUUCUUUCCUCUUGGGCUCCUCUCUGUGGCAAUGUAGCUCCCCUUGAAUUUCAAGUUGAAUUCUCAAAUGUAAGGCAUCUAACUCCUAGACUGUUCGUUGAGAAAUUGUCAAAGGAUCUCAGGGUUAGUGGAGUUGUUGCAGGUGAGAACUACAGAUUUGGAUAUAAAGCAUCUGGAAACGCACAGGAUUUGGUGAAGCUAUGUAAGGAGUACGGAUUACAUGCUUGUAUAGUAAGCCAUGUUAUGGACAAGACUCGUCUACCUUAUAACGGUGCAAUAAGUAACGGCAUAAAUCCUAAUGACAAGGGGCAGGUGUCCUCCACUCGUGUUCGCCAUGCUCUUUCUAUAGGCGAUAUGGAGUAUGUGACUCAACUUUUGGGACGAAAGCAUCGCCUUGUGUUGAUGGUGAACAAAGAAUGUCGAUUUUCUAGUAGCAGAAGGAUUUUGGCCCCGAGAUCAUGCUUAUUAAAUCAACCUCCAGGAAACGGGAAGUAUGAUCACUGUAGUUUUUUGGUAGACAAUUUGAUUGUAGCGAAGUGCAGGGUGGUGCUCGAUGACGAGAAUCUCGAUAUAGAAUUAUAUAAGGAAGGCAUUCAGGAUGUGAUUCAUGAUGGUCAGUUGAUAAGUGUGGAAUUUGGCUGAUUGAGAUGGCGUAAAAAUGACGCACUAAGUUAUUACUAUUUUAUUCAAAGGCUUUGGUUGAGCUGGAGGAUAGAACUUUAAUCUCCAGGGAACAUAAGCAACAGUUAUCCUGCAAUGCAAAACGAACAAAUGAGAGGAUGCUCAAAUAACAGAAUAUUUAGGCACAAUUUUUAGAUGUCGAAGAAAUUGGGCCGCUCGAGGAAAGCAGGGUACGUUAUUUUGAUAUUUAUUUAAUUUUUACCGAUGAAUAAAUUAUUCCUUCUCGGAGCUUAUAUUCUGCUACAAUGUAAAUACAUUCUUAAUGAAAUUUGAGAUUUGGUCAUAGAUGGUUACUUAA